AUGCCCUACGAUGCGCGCAUGUGCACAAAUGGCCCGGUUAGCUCAAAUAGAGGUGGCUCGCUCUGGUGUUACACCUGCCGCAUCCAACUCUAUACCGACAAAUGCAAAACGACGGUAUUCUGCAAAGGAAAGACAAAACAGAUUUGCAAAACAGAUGUGAUCAGUCUGAUGGGGUUUGUCAGCAUCAUCUCUAAGGAAUGCGCUUCGUCAUGCAAUGCAUACUACAAGGACAUCUCCAUUGCCAAAAGGAACAUCUCCUGCUGUUCCAACGACCUCUGCAACAUUGAAAGCAAGUCCUCCUCCUCCUCCACCCUCCGUGCCCAGAUAGCGAUGGUGGUUUUCACCAGCUUGGUCUGCAUGAUUCUGAGCAGGGCACUAUGA